AUGGCUGUGAUUGGCUAUGUCAUUUGGUUGGCGCUGGCACCUCUCUUGUGGCGACUUUUCGAUUUCGUGCAGCCGCAUAUACGAGAGUGGUUGGAGUUCGUUCUGGAAAAAGUUUGGCUGUUAGUACGGGAGCAAGACGAGGAGGAGGGCCAUGAAUUACCUCAAGAGGAAGCUCUUCAGAAUCCGAUGGAGCUGGCUGUCGUCCAAUGGCAGGAAGUUGCCAAUGCCGGUUGGGGUCACAGGCUAGUUGUCAACGAGGUAGAAGAUGGUGUGACCCAUGCACUGGCAAGGGAGAGGCACAUCGUGGUAGAUGGUGAUGAGGUUGAUAGGAAUGCACGUGCCCAUCAUGAUGACGUGGGACAAGCUGCCGAGGACAACGAAGAAGGACGUGUUCUGCUUGUUUAUGAAUCAAAUCAUGUCGAAAAUCAUGCUCCCUUGGCUCAAGACGUGAAGAGCAACGUGCAAACAUCUGUGCAUGCACUGUCCAACCCCGGAAAAGAAGUCACUGUUGACGGUGAAGAGCUGGAGGUUGAUCGAAACUCUUCAAGCCCCCACAAUCAGGCGAUGAACGUCGAGGAAGCCAUUGUAAACCAUGAAACUCAUCCAGUCGACAAUGGUGAUCAACUGGCUCUCCUUGCUGGUGCAAAAAAUGAUGACGAAAGCUUGGUGCGGCGCGAUAGCCAUCCUGCUACUUGCCUAGGAGAAAUUGGAGACACCUCAGGUCCUGCGAGAGAACAUUUGAGUUCUAACCUAGUGCAAGACACCACUCUUGACAAGCUUCCUAUUGACGAUCAAACUGAAGUCGGCGGGGCUUCGUCUGUAGCCUCAUUGGCAGGCAAACGUGAUGAUGACCAUAUAGAAGGCAUCUGCGAAGAAAGUUUAGAAUUCGUGGGAAAUGAGGCCUUCAUCCUUGCUAGCGACAGCCAAGAAGAUUCAUUGGACAGCUCAAACUUGUUUAGUGGAGGAAGUGACGCUAAUGAUUUCAACAAAACACGUUUGUCUGCGUGGACCGAGCAACGAGUGAAUGAAAACAUAUCACAAGAUGUUUCUCCCGAUGUCCCUUCAAGUUGCACCUUCCCUCUCUCACCCAGAUUGACCAACUCCCAUGCGAUACCUUCCACGCCUAAAAUCGACCUCGCUGCGCGACGGCAGGAAUAUAAGGCCCAUCACGGGCAUUUUUCGCCUAAUCCCAACAGUCGAAAGGGGAAAGGUCGAGCGGCAGGAAUUGCUUCUCAAGAGACAGAGAUAGGACAUUACGACGAGACACAAGACAUUACGGCUCGCGAUGAGAACAACAAUUUUAUUGGGCGAGAUGUUGAGGCGGUCGCAUGCGACAACGACGAAUUCGAAGACGGAAAUCGUGCUUUCAUUGUUGCCAGCGAUAGUCAAGAAGAUGUGGUGGACAACUCCACCCGGUUUAUUCCCAAGACACCACGUAAAGCUGUCGGUGCUAUAUCACAAGAUGUAAUCAUCUCCAAACCUGGGCAAGAGAUGGCCAUAACGACUUCUUUCCCAUACUCUCCCGUCUCUUUCCAUGUCUCCGUUUCUCCUCCACCCUCAACCCCUGGGAGCAAGCUUGCUGCACAACGGCGAGAAUAUAAAGCGCGCCACGGGCAUGUUUCUCCGGAUGCUGCCAGCAGAAAAGGGAAGGGGCGAGCAGUGACGGCGGAAGAGCUGUUCGAAUCCAGCCAUACAGAUCAAGCAUCAGAAGUUACAAACACUAUUGAAAACGAUCCAGUGGCAGCUCAUCUUCCUGCAAUCUUCACGGACUCCGUCCCAAUCCACCCACAAAAUCUCUUCUGCCACACCGCCCACUCUGUCGCCCCUGGAAGACUUAGUUUUGCUGACAUUCGUCAAAUGGCGGCAGCGUCAAAUCAUGAACGGGGUGCUUCUCAACAAGUCCCAAGCGAUACAGUGACGGACAGCAGCAUAAAAGCAGAUAGGAGAGGCCGCUCCCAAACAGCUGAGGUGAUUAUGGAUGCUCGCAUUCUUGUGGAUUUGAACGGCCCUUGCCAUCAACGAGCAAUCUCAGACGGCACGCGUUGCACGUUAUUUCCUUCGCGCAUCCCGCGUCCGUCACGCGGACCGAUUUCUUUCCCAAGACGAGAACGUAGCCGAGCGGACAGUGGACCAGCGUCUGCUGCUGUCAACCUUGUUGAAACUCGUCCAUUCAUGCCGGAGUUGGCGGGCGACGAGAACGAGCAACCUGAUCCAGUCAACUCGCAGGACAUCGCACCAAGCGAAGGCCCUAAUUUGAUGCAUUCCAACCUGUCUGCAUUUCGCAGCCAAAUGCGUCUCAGCGAGCUCGGGCCGAUCGCACACAUCUCGUCUUCUCAGAUCUGGGCAACCGAAACCCCUACGACUCCUCCCGGAAGCCCACUCAAAUCCGUCGACAUGCCUUGCAAAGAUUCGAGCACCAAUGCCAGUGAACAAGUCAACCCUCUUGCCCAGCCAAUAUUGGCUGUUGUUGCAGCAGAGUCGACAGAAAUGACUCGUUCGGAACGAAUCCGUCAUCUCCCCACUCACCUUCGUCAACAAUUGGGACGGGAUAUCGAAUCCGGCGACUUGACAUUUCUGGAAGAAUGUGGGCCCGCGGUGCCAGUUGCGUUGGUGCACUCAACCGCUCUGGUGCCUGUUGCGCAGAUCGAAGCAGUGAAGACAGGCUGUACCGCGCUCAAUACCACCCCUUCCUCUGGUUCUUUAUGGUCGACAACUAGUCGUUCAUACAUGUCGUUGAGUGAGCUCGGCGUUGGUCCUUCUUCAACGUUGACGGAGGCUUUGGGCAAGCUCCCCAAUGCGGAUAAACUGUUGGGGGAUUUUUCUCCAACAAAAAGUCGGCCAGUCAGGAUCGCUCCAGUAGGUUUUUCGGGGGAAGAGGAAGGGUCGGGUUUGACGCGGUCUGAACGCGUGGAUCGUUUGCCUGCGCAUUAUCAAGGUCAACAUGGUAACAAUGUCCAGUCAGGAGACAUCGUCUUCCUCGAGGAUAUGCACGAUGGUGCUGGCCCUCGAGCGCUGGCUCAUUCCACUGGGGUAUCAUGUGCCAAGGUUGGGGGAGAACGGGCGGAGGAUGUCAUGGACUCGGAUAUGGUUGAAGUCGUUGUUAAACAGGCAGCAGAUAAUAGGCAGGCAACCUUCAUAUGA